CAUGCCUGACAUUGCUGAGAAACCAUGCGGACGUCGAUGCCGCACCUGUAUGUUUAUCGUCUUUAACCUCUAAUUGUUUUUUUUUUUUUAUCGUGUUCACCGUCCUGCGCCGGAGAGCAUCCUGCCCGUCAUCUCGUCUUGGGGCAGAUUUCUGCUGAUGCAGGGAUGUCUGGGAAUGCCAAGGGCUCGCUUAUUGCCCCUUAAUGCAUCUCUCCGAACUGCAGCGCAACAUCUUCUCCUGCGGUUUGCUCAUAUGCUGUUUGCUCUGCUCACCGCCGUGCCGCUGCCAAAGCACUUAGGGGCUUUGCAGCAUAGCAGUUCCCUCUUUUCGCUCCUUUUUCAACCUCUCCUCUUUAGAUUACACAGAUUUCCCUUUCGGCAUGUCUUGUUUUGGAGUACAGAUUAGAUGAUGCCUACUCCAAGGUUCUAGGCUGGUGCAACUUAAAAGUUUCACACAUUACCGACCUCUGCUGCUCCGCUGUUGGAUGAUUCUACUCAAAGCUUUUCAAGACCUCUCAGGAUCAAACCACGAAGCAGCAGCAGCGACUGCUUCACAUGCACUGGGGAGCAGCAAUGGUCAAGUCAGCGAGAGCCGCAGUGGAGCCGCACUGAGGCAAAGCAGCCAACCGACAUCUCCCCCCUCCUCGCAACUGGGGACGCCUCCAAUGAUCUGUGGGGUGUGGGAAGCUGAGGAGUGGAAAAAUUUCUCACAACCGUGAAUGCCUGGUCAGUCAGACUAACCGACACCCCUGCACAAUUCUUGCUCCCCCUAUUGCUCCCCUGCAUCCUCUACUUCUUCCCCCCUGAAAAUGACCGUUGUGGCGGGGGACAACAUGGACGAGACCUCUGCCGUCCCAGGACACCCUCAGGACACCUACCCCCCGGACCACAAUGACCAUGAAUGCUGUGAGAGAGUGGUGAUCAACAUAGCCGGCCUGCGGUUUGAGACGCAGUUGAAAACUCUCUCACAGUUCCCUGAAACUUUGCUGGGUAACCCCAAAAAGCGGAUGCGUUACUUUGACCCCCUGAGAAAUGAAUACUUUUUUGACAGGAACAGGCCCAGCUUUGAUGCAAUCUUGUACUACUACCAGUCAGGGGGCAGGCUAAGAAGGCCGGUAAAUGUGCCCUUGGAUAUGUUCUCAGAAGAAAUCAAAUUUUAUGAGCUGGGAGUGGAUGCGAUGGAGAGGUUCCGUGAGGACGAGGGGUUCAUCAGAGAAGAAGAGCGUCCGCUGCCUGAGAAGGAGUUCCAGCGUCAGAUCUGGCUUCUUUUUGAGCACCCAGAAAGCUCAGGCACCGCAAGAGGGAUCGCCAUUGUGUCUGUGAUGGUGAUCCUCAUUUCCAUUGUCAUAUUUUGUUUGGAGACUCUACCACAGCUAAAAGAUGACCCAAAUGGUCGAUUUGAGACAUUCGGGAACACUACAAUCCGCGUCAAAGCAAACAUUCUUACUGAUCCUUUCUUUGUCAUUGAGACUCUCUGUAUAAUCUGGUUCUCCUUUGAGUUGAUAGUACGCUUCCUGGCAUGCCCCAGCAAACCAGCCUUCUUCAAGAACAUGAUGAACACAAUUGACAUUGUCGCCAUUAUCCCUUAUUUCAUUACUCUUGGAACCGAGCUGGCAGAAGACCCGGAAGCGGAGGGAGUGGGGGAGCAAGCAACGUCUCUAGCCAUACUCAGGGUGAUCCGUCUGGUCAGGGUGUUUCGGAUUUUUAAGCUCUCAAGACACUCCAAAGGACUUCAGAUCCUGGGGCAGACCCUCAAGGCUAGCAUGCGAGAGUUGGGUUUGCUGAUAUUUUUCCUGUUCAUCGGAGUCAUCCUUUUCUCCAGCGCUGUCUUCUUCGCCGAAGCCGAUGAGCCAGAAUCUCACUUCGGCAGCAUCCCGGACGCCUUCUGGUGGGCUGUUGUGUCCAUGACAACUGUGGGUUAUGGAGACAUGGUCCCAAUCACAAUUGGGGGCAAGAUUGUUGGAUCUCUGUGCGCAAUCGCUGGAGUCUUAACAAUUGCCCUCCCAGUGCCUGUCAUUGUGUCCAACUUCAACUACUUCUACCACAGAGAGACGGAGGGAGAGGAACAGGCCCAGCUCCUCAAUGUCAGCAACCCCAACAUCCCGUCUGAAACCAACUCCAGCCGCCGUAGCUCCUCCACCGUCAGCAAGUCAGAGUACAUGGAGAUUGAUGGAGACAUCAACAAUAGCAUUGACAACUUUAGGGAGGCAAACCUUAGAACUGGAAAUUGCACUAUUGCCACUCAGAACUGUGUAAACAAAAGCAAGCUGCUUACAGAUGUUUAGACAUCAGCUAGGAACUCUUUAUCAUUGGAUCUUAUGUGGAGUAGACCAUCUGAUAGGAAUGCUUCAUUUAGCUCCCAGAGCGCUCUGCUGGCAUUAGGCCUACACCUAUCCUCAGUUGGAAAAAAAAGAAACAAAGCUGUUACAGUAUAUACCAAUGUAGAUAGAAUAAUUAAUUUUACCAAUCUAAUAACUAGAAUGUUAGGAAGAAAUUGAUUAUUACACAUAUACACAGCUCCUUAAAGGACACAGAGCACACCCUGUCUUGUCAGAUGAUGGUGUGAUUACUAAAAAUCUUAUGCAUGCACUACAGAUAACUGAUCAGCAAGCUGCACAAUGCACCAGAAAUGACUGCAGACAUUCAAGCCUCUAAGCCAAGUGGUAUCCGCCAAGAAGGUAGAUGACCGCCAACCACCAACCCCCCACCCCCUUUUUUUCUCCAUCCCCUCUGCCCCUGCAAAGGAUCUGCUACUCGGCAAAGCACCUUAUCGUAGGAAGACUGCUCGUCUCUCUUGUUUUGGAUGUAAACAGAUGGUGAACUGCUUGCUUCGCGGACAUCUGCAAUGCUGCUGUUCUUGCAGCAGCUGCUGUAAUUGUGUUAUCACCAAGUGAUCCGAUGCCAUGCCCUUUAGAUGCAUCACAGCACAACUUGCAAAAGUGAGCUUCAUGCGAGCAUGAAUUUAGAGACUUUCCAUUUGAUACCGGCAUGCAUAAGGCAUAUGUCACAAAGUGUGAGGGGGGGUGAUAAUCUUUUGGAUCUCCGCCUCCAUGUCUCACUUCUCCCUAUGUUGCCAUACAGAGUGCACUGGAUGAGUUUUUGUUUUUUUCAAUUGAUAAUCAUUUAGAAGUAUAGAAACUGAAUGUUAACUCUUAAAGGAACAGUACAUAAAUGAGAUCAUAGCAUGAAAAAAGUAACUUGCAUUAUGGCCUAACCAUUAAGGUACCUUUGUAUCCUGGUAUAUUUAAUGUACGAAUGUAUACAGCAUGAUGUAUACAGCUUGUUGCAAUUCAUGUAUUCUGCAGUUCCCUGUCAUCAGGGAAACUACAAGAUUCAAAAAUCUGGGUCUUUCUGAAUUGUGAUCAAAUCUACAGAAAUAUACCAUUGAGGCUGUGGAGUUUCCCAUUUAAAAGUAGACAAAGAAAGUUACUAAAUAAUGUUGGUUAAUGCAUAUAAUCACAAUAAGCACCAGUUACAGUAUUAGUCAAUAGAACAGUGCAUGGAACUUUGAGAACAACAGCGAAAAAAGUUCAUAUAUUUUCAGUCAUACUUAUUUCUUUCUUCCACCAUUAAGUUUAGUAGAAGUUAGUCAACAGAAAAGAAUCAUGUUUCAUGGACGUAUUCGGAGAUUAGUUUCCAGUGCCUUUUAUCCCCACCAACAACAGGAUCAGUGAAAGUGCCUCAUGCAAAUGGUGUUUGGGUAGAUCCCGUCUAUGUCAGUGUUAAACACUGUUGGGGUUGAUUUUAGUGAUACCAGAUGAGUAAGGUUUUACACAGCAGGUGACUGUGGUACAUGCACAACCAAAUUUUCAUGCUGGCAUGCAUUUAAUGAUGCCAUUAAGCAGCAAUGGAUUGUUCUCUGCAUGUUUACCAUUUUUAUUUAAAAGAGUCAUACAUUCACUCCUGUUUUACUUCUUUGUGCACCGUGCAUCCUUUCAGGGUUUCUACCUCAGCGAGGUCAUUGCAAACUUGCGGAGCUGAAGGCUUCAAUGCAGGGCUUCCAAUACCUGUACCUACACAUGCAAAUAUCUACACAUGCAUGCAUU